AUACUUAUACGUACCAAUAGUACCUACAGUUAGAUCUUUAAAGUAAUACUAUACAAAAGUAACUCUAUUGUUGGAAACAUGUCAAUAAGUUUGCACAUAAAUAAAAAAGACAUGACGAUGGAAAAGGAGCCAGAGUUACACUCGAUACCUUGUAAGAUAUUCGCCGAUGAUAAAGCCAAUGUAAACACGUAUUUCAAGCCUUACAUCAAAAACAUUGACGAAGAGUACUUAAAAUCGUCGUUCAGAGGUUAUCCGCUCCAGGGUAAAAAAGUAGCAGUACCCAAAGGAUAUACAGGUGUGACGUUUUACGAGUACAAAAAGCCUGAAGUCGACGGAGCUGAUCGCAAUAUCUACGCUACAGCAACGUUCAAGGAGUUCACUUACUGGAAUUACGAUAAGUUGCCUUCCAAAAAUGAUGCCUUUAUAUCUGCAUUAGACUGGAUUGACAUUGCUGAAGCACUGCAUUCUACAGAGCAGGAGUCUACAGCUGUGUGAGGAAAGAAAUAAGGCUGUAGUAUUAAAUGGAUAGUAACUUUUAUUUUUUCACCUAUUUAUUGUAAUUAUAAAAUGUUAAUAAAGUAUGGCGACGAUGU